GUCCCUCCUCCCACGAGCUGUCAGAGCAGCUUGUUGCGCGAGCAGCUUUUUGGUAAACUAACUUGAGUUCGGCGUUAAAUUCUAAACCAGUUGCCUGACAAAUCCCGCUUGGCGUGGACCGACAAGAAUGUUCGCCUCGGUUAAACAACAAGCCUUAAUUCCCUUGACUUAACGAGUCAUCUGCCGCAGUUCCCAUCGAGCUCUUUUGCCGUCUGCGUGAUUUGUGGUCCAGAAACGGCGCAGCAGCGGCAGGUCGUGGUAACCAGAUCCUGGACAGAAGAAAGUGCCUUCUCUGACGACGUUCCUACUUGAAGCUGCUCGCCGCUCCCAUCCUUCACUGUAAACAUCGCUGGCUUGGGCUCCAAACAGAUCUCAGUUCCUCAGAAUUGCCAUAGUACACAGAAACCACACACUUUUCCCAUUCACUGACUUUAUUAGAUAUCUUUCCAAGGACAGCCGUUGCCUUUAGAUAUUGUCAAGCUCGAGACCUUUUAAAGACCUGGAGCAUGUUCUUAUUGUCGUGCCAUUGUUGUGCACCUGGGACUAAAUGACUGAUGAACCAGACUGACAGCUUCACUGAUAGCAACCAUCUCUCAUGCGACAGCCAGAAGGGGUCUGAAUGUCACGUCUCUAUUUAAAGGACCUCGUCAACAAACCUCAAAACUAGACACAAAACAACACAGAAAUACGUUUGCUGAAUAUUUUAACCCGAGGCAAGAAUCCCGCAAACCGACACCAUAGAGCCUGCAGGUUCCCAAACAGCUAUGGCUUUAAACAUCGCGUCGAUGCGAGACACGAAGUGGCUGACCCUCGAGGUGUGCCGACAGUUUCAGAGAGGGACGUGCUCGCGCAGCGACGAGGAAUGCAAAUUUGCACAUCCGCCCAAGAGCUGCCAGGUGGAGAACGGGCGGGUGAUCGCCUGCUUCGACUCGCUGAAGGGUCGGUGUACGAGAGAAAACUGUAAGUACCUUCACCCACCGGCGCAUCUGAAGACGCAGCUGGAAAUCAACGGACGCAACAAUCUCAUCCAGCAGAAGACCGCCGCAGCGAUGCUGGCGCAGCAGAUGCAGUUCAUGAUCCCGGGCACCACCAUGCAACCAGUGCAUACAUUUCCUGUCAGCCAAGGUCUGGGCUCGAACCCUGGAUUGAGUUACGCGCAGUAUCUGACUCCCAUGAGCCACGGCAUGAGUCUGGUCCCCACAGAGAUGCUCCCCAGCACCCCGGUCAUCGUCCCCGGCAGCCCGCCGGUCAGCAUGCAGAGCUCAUCCUCCACACAGAAGCUCCUGCGCACGGACAAACUCGAGGUGUGUCGCGAGUUUCAGCGGGGCAACUGCGCACGCGGCGAGACCGACUGCCGCUUCGCCCAUCCUAGCGAUAGCCCUAUGAUCGACACGAGCGACAACACGGUCACCGUGUGCAUGGACUACAUCAAGAGCCGCUGCUCACGCGAGAAGUGCAAGUACUUCCACCCUCCGGCGCACCUGCAGGCCAAGAUCAAAGCAGCGCAGCAUCAGGCCAACCAGACCGCCGUCGCCGCGCAGGCCGCCGCCGCAGCCAUGACUCAGUCGACUGCCAAAGCAAUGAAGCGACCCCUCGAGGCAUCUGUAGAUCUGGCGUUUCCCCAUGGAGUCCUGCAGCCCCUACCAAAGAGACAGGCGCUAGAAAAGAGUAACGGGGCCAGCACGCUCUUCAACCCCAGUGUCUUGCACUACCAACAGGCUUUGGCCAAUGCACAGCUCCAGCAGCCCACCGCUGCGUUCUUUCCCACAGGGUCAGUUCUGUGCAUGGCUCCUGCUAGCAGCAUUGAUCAUCUUGAAGUAAACCACCGAAGAGGAACAACGGGGUGUCAGGAAGCUGCUUUGAGAAACCCAAAAAGAUCCCCGUGUAAAUACGACCUGCCCUCCUCCCCUUUAGAACUACAGCAACCUGCAUGCUAAAGCGUAACACACAGAACACACACACACACACCGUAUACCUGUUAAUGCUCGGAAAGGUGACUCAACCGGUUUCUAACUUAAAAAAACGAGACUAGAAAAUAUAUACGAGUAUCUAUAAAUAUAUAUGUAUGUUAAUGUACAGCACGUUUCAUAGAGGCAUAAGUGAGAUUUCAUCCGAAUGAUCGGUCACCCGUCAGAUAAUGUGUAUUUUUCUCCCAUAGUUGUUUUAAAUACAAAUGCACAAUGAGUGAGCGACGAGCGAGGGGACACACACACACACAUGGUUUGCACUGUCAGAAAUAGUGCUUAAUAAUAAGUGCUUGAUUGUCUUGAACGGGAGGACGUCUCCUGCAGAGGAUGUCUUAAACUAAACCCCAUGCACCCUCUAGAGAGGGGAAAUAGGGACUUUGUUUCUUAUUUUAAUUUACAAAAACACAGAAUGUCACACGGCGGACACACAGAAGAUUGUCUACUGGUCAAAAUGCACCUCCCUUCUUGGACUCGAGCUGUCUUUGGAAAGAUGUUAUUCCCAACUCUUCAUCCCCACUGGCCAAAGAAAGGUUUACAAGGACACGAAGCGCACACUGAUUUGAAAACCUGUCAGUGUCGCGAGUGCGAAUGUGGCAAACCGCGUGCCAUGCAACCACGUUUCUGUCUACGUCUCUCCUAAAGGACUGUGUUUUACUCUUUCCCUUU